CGAGCCUUGCUGUGCCAUCGUAUUUUGGCUAUCACUCUAGACCGUCCUUGCUUCGAAGAGCUGACCUGACCUUCCCUUGCGGAACAGAUAUUUUAUUGAAAUUUACAUUUAAGGACUCCUCGCCCAAUAUAAAGAGAUCUUUUUAACUCAGAAUGUGACGGCUUAGAGGGGAAAAAAGAACAUGGCGUUUUGUUGCAGCGUGCUUCGGAGAUCACUACCGACUGACCUCUCUCACCGUAAGUAGCUCGCGAUUGGGUUGAUGGCAGCUUCGUCUAUUUCUGUAGGGACUUGCAGAACAAACUGCUGUAAUUGUCACCAUGGAUAACAAUUCUAACGGAGAUUUAGACGAUGAAAGUGUUCCGGAUACCUUGAAACCUCCGCCACGCUCAAAGUCUCGAACAAAGUCAGUGGACGAGCUUGUGGCACAUUUAGAGGAACAGAACAGGUGAGUCUUCACUAGACAGGAUUGCUGUGAUUUAUUACAUUCCUUUCUUGUGUGAAUAAAAUGACAAGAAUUUAAAAGGUGUGUAACUGAUUAAUAAAAUUUUCGAUGUUUAUUUCACCCUUGAUAUUUCAAGAUAUACUGUUUGAAAGUUAUUGCUACAGAGUAUGUGACUAUGUACAUUGAAUUACAAUAUCAGAGACGCUUUUUAACCUUUAAUCGAGGCUAAAGAAUUUUUGCCCCUCUACAUCGAAAACGAGAGGUCUCAGAAGCAUAAUUCAUCUUUCUACCCGAAGAUUAUUCAUUUCACUUUUGUUUCAUCGUUGUGGGCUUUUCUGGUAAGCUCUUGUUAAUAUUCUCGUGACUUUAUUUCCGGCACAUGAUACUGUUUCUUAAGCGGCCAAAAUACUGCGUUAAGUUAAAGUAAAGACAUGUCAAAGGAAAGGAACCUUUCAAAUAAUGAUAAUAUGUUUUUGGAGCUGACACUUUAAAGUCUACAUGCUCUUAAAGGUAACUAAGUGAACGCUCUAGUGAAUCGUUAAUUAGAUUAACAAAUAACUCAGUCAAUUGGUUCAAAAUUUGCAUAUUAUUCGAUCGGAAAUAUUACAGCUGUGUGAAAGGGCUAUAUUGUAUUGGUUUUUGUGUUGGUUUUUGUGUUGUGUGAUCAAUUCACAAACAGUAACUUUAAAGAGAAUUAAUAUGAAGUCAAGAUAGAUCGUUAUGUGGCCUUGGUAAAGAGUGUGUGCUCAUAAAUAUUAAUCAUUUUUUAUCAUGGGGAAAAGGGAUUUCUGAUGGGUGACAGGAUAUAAUCUGACAGCUGUAGCAUAACAAAUGUUAAUUUUGAUUUAAUAGAUCUUUAUUCAAUUUUGUGAUCAUUUGUUAUUUUAUUUUAUCAUUGCAUGCAAAUUUGUGUUAAUUCAAAUAUUUUAUUUUCCGAGCUCAGUUUAAAAUAAAUCUUAAAAAUGUCACUUCCUAUGAUCUUUACCCUGUGCAAAAAAUUUCUUGAAAAUGUCAUUUGCCUGUAAGCACUGAUGGGACCAACCAAUUACCACUUGCUCAGUUUUGUUUUACCCAAUGUAGGGCCCUUAACCUUCUUAUGAUUAUUUUAUGAAAAAAGGAACAAAUAUUUGAAAAUGGUAAACAUGUGAAAUACUAGAGAAAAGUUUUGAAAAAAUUGUCUUUUUGAUCCUUCAAAAUUUCAUUUUGGCUUUAUUGUGCAGAACCACUAUUUUGAAGCUACUGCAGAAGAUAAAUUUACAUAUUUGAAUUACAUUUAAGCAAAUUAGAUGGAAAGUAAAUUUUAAAUUGUGUUACACCCCAGAUUUAUUUUUUCAGCGGCCACAAACCUUUUGAGCAUGCAUGCAUGCUAAAUACCUUGAAUAGAAUGUUUUAAAUGCUUCAAUGUCUGAAACCUUGGUUUGAGUGAAACCUUCUGUAAAUAACCAGCCCUCAGUGUUGUAAGUGCUUUAGUGUCUCAUACCAUGGUUUGAAUGAGACCUUGUGUAUAUUCAAGCAAAUUAUAUGGAAAGUAAAUCUCAAAGUGUGUUACACCCUAGAUUUAUUUCCUUGGCAGCCAUGAACCUUAUGAGCUUGCAUGCAUGCUAAAUACCUUGAAUAGAAAUUUCAGGUCUGAUUAUUUUAAACAAAGUUAAGCCACAAUCCUCAGUCAAGCCAAACCUUCUAUGUGAACAUUUAUUAUUGUGAACAGUGUAAAGAGGACUGAAAGCUAACAGUGUAAAGACAUUUAUUUAUUUAUUCAGUCAACUUUUUUAUAGAGAAUGCCCACUGAUUUCUUGAAACCAUUGUUUGGGUUAGACUUACUCUAAAUAAUCAGCCUCCGGUGUUUUAAGUGCUUUAGUGUCUGAAACCUUGAUUUGAGUGAAACCUUCUGUUAAUAACCAGCCCUAUGUAUUUUAAGUGCUUUAGUAUCUUAAACCAUGGUUUGAGUGAAACCUUCUGUAAAUAACCAGCUCCUAGUGUUUUUAUUUCUUUAGUGUCUCAAACCUUGGUUUGAAUGAAACCUUUGGUAAAUAACCAGCCCUCAGUGUUUUAAGUGCUUUAGUGUCUCAAACCUUGUGUAAAUAACCAGCCCCCAGUGUUGUAAGUGCUUUAGUAUCUCAAACCAUGAUUUGAGUGAAACCUUCUGUAAAUAACCAGCCCCCAGUGUUUCAAGUGCUUUUAAUUAGUAUCUUAAACUGUGGUUUGAGUGAAACCUUCUGUAAAUAACUAGCCCCCAGUGUUGUAAGUGCUUUAGUGUCUCAAACCAUGGUUUUAGUGAAACCUUCUGUAAAUAACUAGCCCUCAGUGAUGUAAGUGCUCUAGUGUCUCAAACCAUGGUUUGAGUGAAACCUUCUGUAAGUAACCAGUCCUCACUGUUUUAAGUGCUUUAGUAUCUUAAACCAUGGUUUGAGUGAAAUCUUCUGUAAAUAACCAGCCCUCUGUAUUUUAAGUGCUUUAGUAUCUCAAAUCUUGGUUUGAGUGAAACCUUCUGUAAAUAACCAGCCCUCAGUGUUGUAAGCAUGUUAGUGUCUCAGUCACCUUGGUUUGAAUGAGACCUUGUGUAAAUAACUAGCUCUCAGUGUUUUGUGUGCUUUAAUGUGUCAUCUUUAACGUAUAAUGUACCACAUUCAUUUAGGAUUAUUUCAUGAGGAUAACAGUACAAAUUUAUCCCUUCAUUAGGUUGUUAAGCAGUGAUUCUAAGGCACUGACCACCAUUCCAGAUGGAGCGUCUCCAAGCCUUGCCAAAAAGAGAUGGUCAGCUUGCAGUGCAGGAAGUAACUCUCUAGAUGCUACAAGUGACAGUCCAGAGACACCAGACAACUAUGAUGAGGUGUGUGGUGAAGCAGACACUUAUCACGAGUGGGGACAACUCAUUGGUAAUUGGUCUGAUUCUCAGAGGAAGAAACCAAAGGUUAUCAGAGAUAUGGUUAGGAUGGGCGUUCCAAAUGCACUGCGUGGAAUGGUAUGGCAGUUGCUCUGUGAAGCUAGUGAUUCCCCUCUUAGAGAACAGUACCCUCAGCUCAUAAAGGUUAGUUUCAGUCACCAGUAAUGUGAAUGCAGCACUUGGCAAAUUUCCUGUAAAUGUACAGCAUAUGUAUCUUGUGUUUUAGUGGUGAUAGAUAGAUAAUUUCAUUUUAUUGAUAAUUAAGGGAUUUGAAACAACUCUUUAACUUUAUGUGGCUUAUUGACAUUUUUCAAACAAUUUUUAGUAAUAAAUAUAUUUUAGGACUUUUGAAUUACAAAAAGAUUUUUCAUCACAGCACGCUGUAUUCAGAGUUAGAUGUUUUAGGUAACAUCAUUCUGUUGGCAAGCCACAACUAUUAGCUUAAUUUCUUUUUAAAAUUGAUCAAUAAAUAUUAGUUUUCGAAGAAGUUUCCUUCGAUUUUUUUGUUUUGUCACCUAAUUUCAGAGCAACUCAGCAUGUGAACGGAUGAUCAAACGAGAUAUUGCUAGAACCUUUCCUGAUCAUUCAUUCUUUAAAGAUAAGGAUGGCAUUGGUCAAGGAACUCUUUAUAAUGUUAUAAAGGUAAACCAGUAAAUUUUAAGCAAUUUCAGCUAUUAAUCCCUUUAUGCCCUAACUUAGGUAUGCUCUAUACUGUUCUCUUUACAUUUCUUAAGGUUCUGAAAAGGAGAAUUUGUUUAACAGUCAAGACUUCUUUAGUUGUUGAUCAUUUCCUUUAUUCUCAUGACCUUAAUGUUUUAUUCAGGGGCGAUAUUGUGAGGAGAAAUUAGAUGCCAGUCACUCUUAGGGGUCAAUAGGUUAAUUAUUGCCCAGUAUUUAUGGUUCUAUGUAAAUUUGAGACUUAUUAUAAAUUAAAUAUGUGCUUCAAUCAUGAUUCUAGUGGAGGUUUACUGGUCAGAUAAUUAAAUUUCAUGUUUCCUGUGCAUAAAUACGAGUUUAAAAAUUUUGGAUGAAUUUUUUUGGAACUGCUAUUAUUGUUUCCACAUUUUACUUACACUUUCCACUACAUGUACAUAAUUUAAAGUAGAGGAUUUGGUAGAGCUUGAAGGAGUACUAAGUUUUUUUUUUUCAUUUGAAUUAGGCAUACUCUGUUUGGGAUAAAGAAGUGGGAUAUUGUCAAGGUAGUGCAUUCAUAGUUGGCAUAUUGCUUAUGCAGGUGAGGACGUUAUGAAAUAAAUCUUUAGUUUUGUUUGCUUUUGAUUGUUUUUUAUCAUAUGUUUCAUCUUUGUACAAAAAUAAUGUUAAUUUUCCUAUUUUUUCUGUUUUAGAUGCCUGAGGAAGAUGCAUUUUGUGUAUUUGUUAAGCUCAUGCAGGAAUAUAGAAUGAGAGAAAUUUUCAAACCUACAAUGGCUGAGCUAGGACUUUGCAUAUUUCAGCUGGAAAGCAUGUUGCAGGUUUACUAAAAUUAUUUUCAUUAACACAAUUGGUUGGUUUAUUUUCUUUCACAUCAAAGAGAGGCGAGUAUGAUAAUACAAUCAGCACUGUAGUGUGUGUACUUCACCUCUGGUACCACACUAAUAGCUGGGAUAAAUUUGCAUGCUCAUGUUAUUUUGCAUUACACAGUCUAGCUGUCUGUUUCUUAUUUAAAUAACCCUCUUUCUACCUUUCAGGAACAUCUUCCUCUUCUGUUUUCACAUUUUCAAGCCCAGGUAUUUCCAAUUUCAGAAUAUUAUAGUACUGUACUUUUUUGUUUUUGGAAUGUGGAUAUUAAAAUGCCUCGUUAACCACAAGUUUAGAACCUUGUUUAGACAUUUGUAAACAUUUCUGUAUUUUCCCUAGUAGUCAAACAAGCUCAUGCCAUAUCCAGCUUGGACAAGGUUACUUUUUCCAGCAAGCUCCAUUAACCCUUUUAACUCCCAUGAGUGACCAAAAAAGAAUUUCUCCUUACAAUUUCUAUACAGUAUCAAGCCGACAAGUGAUGAGAAUAAAGAAAAAUAUCAAUUAGGGGUUUAUAAGUUGAUGCAAUACCAAAUUCUCCAAACAAACAUCACAAGAACUGUAUGGCAGACAAUAAGGAGAAUUACUAAUGAGAUCUUGGGAGUUAAAAGGUUAAGCUCCCUCUGGAAAGUUUUUCCUUUUGACUUGACAAAUGACGUUUCCAUAUUGUUUGCUUCAUGUACAACUAUAAUUUUGGACAGUGCCAGAUAUCUGUUUUUUAAAAAAAAGAAAACAAACAAACAAACAAAAAGAAAACAAAGACAGUAGUAAUUUAGAGAGACUAGCCUAUGUCUUCAAUACUUUCUUUGACACCAGGGAUUCCAUACAGCCAUGUAUGCUUCAUCAUGGUUCUUGACGCUUUUUGCCUCUGUAUUUCCUCUGAAUGCAUCAUUCAGAAUCAUGGAUGUCUUCAUUUGUGAGGUGAGAGGUGAUAAAUGAUUGAAGAAUUUUCAAUUAUCAAAUAUUUCGCUUUUAGAACGUUUGCUCAUACAAGCAAGUCAAUUUACCCACUUUCAAGCCUACCAAGAACAAAGUCAGUGUAACUGUAUUCAAGCAUUUCUGCGAUAUAGACUCUUUAAAAGUAUUGGUUACUUUUUCGUUUAGGGAAGGGAAGGUCUGUUUCGUGUUAUCAUGGCAAUGCUCACCCUUGGUCAAGAUGAGAUACUUGAACUUGAUAUGGAAGGAAUGCUGAAGGUGAGUCAACCAGCCGUGCAUUGGGUGCUCAGGUGAUAAUGGUAGUAAAAUUUGGUCUUAAGACUCUUAGCUGUCCAUGAUAGAGAACAAAAGAAAAGAAGCUGUUAGCUCUCAGUCUUUUAAUGCUGGUCGACAGCAAACGACUAAUUUGAAUUCUGGUCAAUAUUCUUGAUGUAAAUCAGCGCUUUGGAAACGAAAGGUCCGUCACUUUUUGUUGUGCCUUUAUCACUUAGCUGCCGAUCGUUCAAGAGUAGGAUUUGUACAUUCUGUUUCGAUGAACUUGUUCCAAUUGGCGAUGGAAAUAAACGCCCAGGUUUAAUAAUUGUCACUUGUCGCCCAACUGGAAAAAUUUUAAUUCGGACCCUGCCUUAUUAGGUCUCUUUGGCUUGGCAAGGCCGAUGGGAUGGCUCUGAGUCCCAACAUAGAAAAAGUUAGAAAGACAGGUUUUGAUAAAAUCGUUAGAUGUUGCUGAGAAGACGUUAUUGUCAUCUGUAUGUAUCCUCAUCUUGUCACCUCAGCCACUGAAAUCUUACAGUUGUACCAUUAUAACAACCGGUAUCAAAGUUGAUUGUUUCAUUUUAUCUUCCUUCUUCCUAAUCAGUAUUUUCAAAAAACUAUGCCAGACAAGUACGAAAAGGACAUGAAUGUUCUGAUGAAAGCAGCUGCCGAAGCCAAAGUGAGCACCAAGAAAUUAAAAAGGUACAUCCACUGGCAGCUGUGUCGACCUUAAUAACUUGUAAACUACUGAACUUCCCCUGCCCACUCCCAUUGGUGCCCUGGAUAUUCAUAUCAGACGCUCGCUUAGUCUAUAGUGGUGCGUCAAUCCAAUUCCUUUCGCGCGUUUAUGUUUUAGGCUGGAGAAGGAAUACACGCGGGUAAAACACAAAGAAGCAGAAGACAACGAAGAACUACGACGAUUGAAGACUGAAAAUAGACUGCUGCUUCAGAGAAUCGACGAACUGGAGAAGGUCAGUGCAGUUCGGAUGUGUACUUGCAUAUAUGAUAACAAUAGGCUAACUUAGUCACUUUACAAGUAACUUUGUUUUUCUUCGCGUCCAUUAUCAAUGUUGGAAGUUGCAUUGGGUUACUGAAAUUUUACUUCCGAGUAAUGACGACAAAUUUUUACUAAAUCUGAGUAACCUUUUGAUUUUCCUGUCCAAUAGGAGAGUGCCAAUUUAGCAGACAGAUUGAUACAGGUAACGGCUCUUUUUGGUUGAGUGUGAUCUUGAUAAAAAUUAGGUUGUUAUGCAUUUUCCCACAGCUUGGGACAAAGACAAAGACCGAGAAUCAGUGUCAGUAUCAAUAAUUUCAGGCAAACACUACUAUAUGUAUUUGUGAAGAUGGUUAAUCCUAAGGAUGUUUGGUAUUAGGUACGAUCUCUGAAAAAAAAAAACGUUUUUGUACUAUUGCUCACGGUUACAUGUAACUAAGUUUCAAAUGAAUUUUCGUCACAUUUUUCUAUUGCCGUUGUGGCAAAGUGUGCUUGACCAGAUCUUUCACUUCCUACCAUUUAUCAAUUUUAGGGUCAAAUAACUCGAGCGCAGGAGCAAGAAGAAAUUUACGGUCUAAAACGAGAUCUUGUUGUUUUGAGAAGACACGAUAAUGCAACUGCUGCUGCACUUUUAGAAGCCAACAGACGAAUAGAAGAACUAUCCAUGUUUAAGGUACUUUAAUGUCUGUCGAAGCUCUGAUUUCGUUAGCUUUCUGUACCUUUCACUGAAAAGAGGACAUCACUAAUACGCGAAAGGUAAUUUCGUCCAAAAAAAAUUGUACCUUUGAUUUUGUAUUCAGGCGCUAUUGCUCGCUUAGAGAUUAUUUAAAUGUGAAUGGCCUAUCGCUUAAAAACGCGAGAAAGGAAUGAAAUCGUCGUGCAAAACAAAGAGAGUUAAUUGCGGAGAAACAAAAAUUACAGAGAACGUAUAUUGGUCUUAAGUGGUCAGACCUCUGUGCUUCAGAUCGUAAUCUGAAGCGAGUCGUGAGUUUUUCGUUGUACAUGAAUGGGCAUACCUACCUUUCGGUGUACAGCAAAUCCUCCUUUUCCCAAAUUUGUUUGGUCAAAAUGGGAGAACACUGUAACUCCUUUUCUUGUUUCUCUUUCCAUCUAUGAUUUUAGAGUUGCAAAAAGAACGCGGCCAACCUUGAACUCACCCUCACUCUAUUCGCAUAUUUCCCAACAGAAUCACAUAAUCAAUGAGAUGAGCGGGCGACAAGAUGCCUCUCCUCCCUCCCCACGGGACGUCAAGAUCAUUGCAUUGGAGGCGGAACUGGAAGAGUACAAAAAGAGAGAAUCCAAAACAAACCAAGUGCUAAAUGAACUGACGAGGAGGUCACGAGAUUUAGAAAAUGAGGUUUGUUUUUAAGGGAUAUUGCAUAGGGUAAUAAACAGGGAGAUAAAGGUGCAUUUAGGUUGUCAUCAAAGUAUUACUAUCUCAGUCGCAGCGAUGAGUGCUGCAAAGUUAUCAAAUCGUACAAAGCAGACAAAACACUUGUUCACGAUUGGAAUCAAAAGAAUAAAGUAAACUUUACAAGCAUGAAAAAAAGAAUUAUAACAUAGCGCGCGUGCUUGCCCAAUGUAACUCCUAUUGAGCCGCAACGAACAAAAUCUUUAUUUACGCACGCCCGUGCGUAAAUAAGAUGACGUGAGCAUUUUUUGUUCAUUGUCGCUCUGUUCAGUAUAAAAGAAUUUGCUCAUGCUUUUAGCUAGAAUACCCACGAGGUCUUUUAUUUGUUCAUAAUAAUCGGUGAUUUUACUGGUAAUAGAGUGCUCUCUGCGGUAGAAUCAAGUGUCAUCGUCAAAAUAUACCAACAUUAUUCAUAAAGGUUCUUAUUUUAUUUUAUCAGCUACUCUACAUCGUGUAACUUGCAUAUCAUGUGAUUCGUUUUCGUAAGAUCAUCUUUUGCCUGAAUCUCCAAUUGCUGACUAUCUAGUGAAGUGAUGUUGUCCAUUUUGUAGCUUUACCUUGCCAAAGAAAGUACAGAGGGAGCGACCGUUUCUCAAGUGGAGGAAGAAGUCCAGAAAGAUGAAACAAUUAUUUGAUUUUAAUACAGUUGGUGAAUCAACGACUUUGGAUGAACAUGCUGAUGUAAUCAAAGGACGAGCAAUGCAUUACAGGGUCGAAUCGUUUAGCUGAUGUGUUACUGAAGCACACAAAAACAGUUGACCUCGUGUACAGCUGGAACAUCCGUUAAAUUAUGACAAUUAAGUCAUUCAGCUCUCAUACAACUCAGUUACCUGGCUUUAUCAGGCCAAAAUUGGAUAAUUUAUUUUUAUUGACAUGCAAAAUGCUGUAAUUUCCUUUCCUUUUUUUAAAUGUUUUCGUAAGGAUAAACUCGUAAUGGUCAUCGUCGAGACGGAAGAAGUGAGUUCACAAGUGUAUAAAAUGAAACUGUCUCUUGACUAUGGUUAAAAUGUAAUGAACAUAUUUGAUGAUAUAAGGAAUAAUUAUAAAUACUGAGAAGCAUUUCUUAAUGGAACUAGAGAAAGUAGGAUUUUGGAAUAACUUUGUUCAAUUUUUUCUUAGUUCUCUCUAGUUUUGGAAUUUUUCUUCAGUGGCAAAAUAGGUAACAAACCACAUGAAAGAAAAAUUAAUCAACUUUUAUCACCUCGAAUCCUCUUGUUUCUUAAGAGAAUUGUAUAUAGUAAAAAUGAAGGUAUCGAACUGAAAUCCUUAUUGAGAUUGUAAAAAAGCGAAAGCUGUAAAAGUUAUUGUGGAAAGUUGUGCUUUGUAUGAGAAAUUAAGGAAUUUCAAUUUUUCUGGUAAUUGUAUCUUCGAUUUAAGAGUUCAAAUAUUAUCAGAGUACCUUAAAAUAUUGAUGAAGAGUAUAGUCUACUGUAUGGUUCAGUUUUGCAUUUGUUAUCUUUUUAAAAAGUAUGUGCAUGUCAUUGGAAAAAGAGACUAGACCAGGUUUCUGUGGUCAAUAAAUACGGAAAUUAUUUCACGGA